AUGAAGAGUCGCAGCGGCCGUACUGUUCAAGGCGGCGGCGCCAAGCAGAGAGCGGAGGAAAUAAUAGCCGGCAACGCCGAAGCAUUAAAAACUCUGCGAGAAUUUAUCAAUUUCAAUCUUCUACUCUCUCGCAAGGCCCAAAUACUCGGCCUCAAGCACUGGCCGAGUAAUUUGCUGCUCUACGGCCCUGCUGGCACGGGAAAGACAAGCUUGGUUCGAGCAGUUGUUCAGGAAAGUGGCGCCCAUUUAGUCACUGUUAGAUCAUAUGCUAAGGAUAUUGAGAAAACUUUGCGGGAGGCUUUUGCUCAGGCAUCAUCUCAUGCUAAAUCACCAUCAGUUAUCUUUAUCGAUGAAAUAGAUGUGCUGUGUAGUCGUCAGAACUCUAGAAGGGAGCAAGACGCUCGUGUGGUGUCUCUGCUAGGUGUGCUGAUGGAGUCCCAUAAAUCUGCACCUGCUUCUUCAUCGCAUUUUGUAGUGGUGGCAUCGACUCACAGAGUGGAUGCAAUUGAUCCUGCACUAAGAAGGCCUGGACGUUUUGAUGCUGAGAUUGAAGUGAGAAUACCCAAUGUAGAAGAACGCUUUCAAAUUCUCAAGCUCUAUACAAAGAAACUUCAACUGGAUUCUGAAGUUGACCUACAAACUGUAGCUGUAUCUUGCAAUGGUUAUGUUGGUGCAGAUUUGUUAGGUUUAUGUCGUAUGGCUACGUAUUCAGCAGAAAAUAGAUCAUCCGACGUAAAUCAAUUUGAUGGUCUUUGUACCAUAGCAAUGGAUGACUGGAAGCAUGCUAUGUCUGUGGUUAAGCCCAGCAUCACAAGAGGGAUUACGGAGAAAAUUCCCGAGGUUACUUGGGAUGACAUUGGAGGAUUGAAAGACUUGAAGAAAAAGCUCCGGCAAGCUAUUGAGUGGCCUAUAAAAUAUUCUUCAUCAUUUUCAAGGUUGGGUAUAUCACCAACUCGUGGAAUCCUCCUUCACGGGCCUCCAGGGUGCUCAAAGACAACCCUUGCUAAAGCUAUUGCGCAUGUUACACAAGCUUCUUUCUUUUCUUUAAGUCCUGCAGAGUUAUAUAACAAGUAUGUUGGUGAGGGUGAAGCUCUGCUGCGUGAUACGUUUCGUAGAGCCCGUCUUGCCGCCCCAAGCAUAAUAUUCUUUGAUGAUGCUGAUUCAAUUGGUGCCAAACGAGGAGGAAGUUCAAGUGGCAACUCAAGAGUUGGGGACAAAAUAUUAUCCACAUUGCUAACUGAAAUGGAUGGCUUAGAGGAGUCUAAAGGUGUACUUGUUUUGGCUGCUACCAAUCUUGUGGAUGCAAUCGACCCUGCUCUUAGGCGUCCUGGACGCUUUGAUGAGGUGCUUCAUGUCCCACUGCCAGAUUCAGAAGCUGAAGGCACCAAGGGAUUCUCAGGGGCAGAUCUGGCUAACCUGUGCAAAAGAGUGGGAAUGAUUGCUCUGAGCGAAGACAUGUCCGCCACCGCUGUAUAUAACAGGCAUUUCGAGACUGUUAUAAGGUCGGUAAAGGAACCACCUACCAUUAUUAUAAGGUCAGUCAAGGCUGCACGUACGAAACAGGCGAGCAAGGGGACCAAGAAAUUGUUGUUCCCGGCAAUUCCUGCAAUCGCUUUAAUCAUAUAUGCUGUUCGAAAAAUAUCCAAAGAAUCAUCAAAUUCAGAUCAACUUCCUCCAAGGAUAUCCAACUCUGAUAAUCGAAAAUCAAGAAAAUCAGCAUCUUCUUCAAGAAAAGGAGAAAUUAUUGAUGAUUCUUACAUCAAACAACAAGCUUUAGUUGCAUCUAUGUUGUAUCAACAUCACAUGCAAAAUGGUGAUCUUCUUAAUCUGGACCGUUCAAUCUCAGUUAAGUAUCCUCCACCAUCAUUGAACAAGCUAAAGAAGUUGCAGAAGAGAUCUUAUUCAGUUUCGGAUUCUGGUUCUAAGGCCUUGCAGCUCAUUCAUCAGGAUGUAGGAACUGAGGAGUCUGAAAAGAAGCAUUUUGUCCUAGUUCAUGGGGGUGGUUUUGGUGCAUGGUGUUGGUAUAAAAUCAUAGCCCUCUUGAAAGAAAGCAAAUGUGAAGUUGAAGCCAUAGACCUCACUGGUUCUGGACUCAAUUCAUGUGACAUGAAUAGCAUCACAACUCUAGCAGAAUAUGCCAAACCUCUUACCGAUUUUCUAGCAAAGCUUGGAGAUGACAAGAGGGUGAUUUUGGUUGGACAUGAUUUUGGUGGAGCUUGUGUUUCAUAUGCAAUGGAGUUGUAUUCAACAAAAGUUUCUAAAGCAAUUUUUGUUGCAGCAGCAAUUUUUGGACAUUGCAUUAGCAUCAGCAUCAUUGAGGCAAGUUCCUUUUGCACCAUUGACAGAGAAACUUUCUCUUUCGACUGCAAAUCAUGGUUCCAUCCAAGAUUUUAUAUAAAAACAGAAGAAGAUUUUGCCAUUCCUCUCCCCCUUCAAGAGGCCAUGAUCAAAUCAAAUCAGCCAAAGCAAGUUUUCCAGUUGAAGGGCUCAGACCAUUCACCUUUUUUCUCGAAGCCUGAAGCACUCCACAAACUCUUAAUACAAGUAUCGAAAAUCACAUGA